AUGCUGACAAAACACUCAUCUCUCUCUCUCUCUCUCUCUCUCUCUCUCUCUCUCUCUCAACUCUCUUAUGACUGGGAAGCAAUUUGCAUGUCCAAAUUUGGGAAAUCCUUCCACCAGAGAGCAGAGGUAGCAGGGCGUCGACCUGCUCCACUAACUCCCUCCUUCUCUUAUUGGUACCUUAUACCAACACCCCUUAAUGGGCCCAUAAAAUUAUUAUCUGCAACUAGCUUGGUGGUCUCUGUCAAAAAAAAAAAGCCAGCCGUGGUCGCAAUUCACAGAUGUUAUUGCACUCUCCUCACAUCAUCCUUUGGGUUUCACUUUAACCAGAUGCCUAAGUGGAUUUUAGCGCUAUCCUCUCGUGAGGUCCUUUACUCGCAAAAUGAAAAAACAAGUAUAUUUUCUUUUGUUUUCGGUAUGUCCUUCAAUCUAUCUACUACCUUCUUUGUUUUGGUGUUCUCUUUUAAUUAA